CCACACACGCAAAGUGUUUGUCUGCUCUCAAUCUGAGCAGAAAUCAAUUUAAAAACAGGCACUGAACCAGAGACAGUAUAGGAGAAAAAUAAUCAAACUCUUAACUUUGUUCAUCUCAGCGAUGACUGAGAAUUCAAACAGACUUAAAUACAUAAAAGUGUGGUCACAUCGAUUACUCAACAACUAAAUUAAAGGCCAGACUCAUGAGGUACAAAAAAAAUAAAAAAUGAUCAGAAAAAGCCGUCAACAGAGGGAAGGCUGAUUAUUCUUGCCUUAAAUUAUGGAUUAAGAAAUACUAGAGCACCACCUAGUGUUGAAACGGUGAGUUUCAUAUUAGGCCACGUAAUAGUCUGAGCUCUACAGCUGCACACUGAUGACCCGAUUUUCAAGUUUAGCACCAGAUGGCUGAUAGAAGUUACAAAUUAAAAAAUCAAUCAACAGGAUUUCAGGUCAAAUUCACUUUUGUAAAAUAAUGAAGGUAACCUUUCUUUAUAACAUAUAUCAUAUCUCGGCUAAUGUUCACCAUUUUGAAAGUAAGAAGAAACCAAUCCAAAGAUGCUUAACCAGGAAUAAAAGUCAUCAAAAAACUGAUGUCCUACUUCGGUAACUUAGAAGUUACUGUUGAUUUUUAACAACCGUCUCUCACUCCCCUUCGAGCAAGUUGGUUGACAAUUACCUGAAGAAGUCAUCUUGUAUUGCUAUAUCUCAGAAAAGCGGAAGUGGAUGUUAAUGAAUGCCUUUUGUAUAAACACAUGUAUUUCUCAGGGUUUAGUACCUGAGCAGCAUUUCCAGCUUGCAGGGCUUGUUAGCAAAUCAGUUACACAGUUUAGCUCUGCAGCCUGCAUGUGAACCUGGCAUGUAACAUUCGAGGGACUCAGUUAUAAGAAACGCUUUACGUUGCAGCAUAGAAAUGAAUCAUACUUCAGUCUUUAGAGACAAGUAGGCGACAUACAAAGCUCAUUUUGGUCGUUGCAGCAGCAGAAACAAGAAAUUAAUUGUAUCUAAGAUAAUUCAUAUAUUGCAUAAAAGAGCAUAGAAUUGUUCUUGGAAAUUUGAUUGAUUCACAGAUGAAGAUUAAUAUUGUCAUCAGGCAAAAAAUAAUCAUAAUCAGAAAGGGUUUUAUAUUUUUUACAGGGCCAUGGACUUGUACAUUUAAAGAUAAAUACAUUGACUUGGGUAAUAAUCAUCCUGUAGUGGGAUUUUCUGCCCUUUAGUUUCCUUAUUUAUGCCUAGUCGGAAGCCCAUAUUUGGCCAAAGCCACAGGUGCCUUUCCUUUUUGUAAUCAGUGAAAGGAUUAGGUAUUACGUCUCUCUCUUCUAUUCAUACCGCUGGUGGUCAAGUAAUACAACACAAAAGUUACAACACAGCAAACAUCCAGAAGUAUAUUUUAAAGAAUAAACAGCUUUUUUUUUUUUUUUAAAUUCAGAGAUUACUGGAGGUCCAGGAGCUGAAAUAUCUGAAUCAUUCAGUAGUCAUUUCUUGGCAGGUUGACAUCCAUUCUCAAAUUGUGUCAAGCUAAACAUUGUAGUUUUUCUCAGUGGCCCUCCUGAACUUUAGACGGAUCCACACACACCUGCUGGCAAGAAAAGUCAUUCAAUAAAUGUUGGAGAACUUCUCAAAUACAACUUCAAGUUUAAGACUUGCAUUUGUUCUCGGUCACAGUGCUAUCAUCAGUUUGACAAGAGCUAAUGUUCAGAUGUGUUGUAAAUACCAUAAUGUUUACCCUGUUAUACAUCUGAGUACUUUAGUAUGCAAACAUUUGUUACAUACCGCCAAACAAUAUAGUGUUUAUUAGACUUAUCAGUUAGCAUGUUGUCCAUUGGUUUAUAGAUCACCGUUUUGAAGGCUGAAUUGUGGAAUAUGGGGUUAUUGCCAUCUCGGCUUUUGGAAGCCAGAAGUAACAGUAUGAGGCUGAGACAAAUAGAUACCAAAAUUGUCAUGUUCAGCUACUUGGAGUAACUGACUUUAAGUUUCAUGGAUUGGAAAUGUAGACAUUGGCAGAAAUGGUAAUAAUCAACAAGAGAUAACUCAUAGGGCCCCAACAAAAGGGAUUAUUUUCUACUAUAAAAAAAAAGUUAUCUUGGUACCAAAUGUAUUCAAACCAUACUUGCUGGAUUUGGGGCUUUUAAUGCCUUUAUUGUAAAGACAGGACAGUACAUAGAGCCAGGAAUCAUGGACAGAGAGAGGAAGGAGCAGCAGGUCGGAUUAGAACCCGGAACCCGCCCACUUUGACGACUGCAGCCUCUGUCUAUGGGCUGGUGGACUAACCACUAAGCCACCGGUACCCUAAAGUAUUCAUAUUGUAGGUGAUUUGUAUUGUGUCAAAAUGCUUCAGGGUUCGACAAGAAAAGACAAAUUGUGCAGAAGGUGCCUAUGUGUCAUUUUUUCCAGAAUGAUACAUUUUCCAUUGAUAGGGGUUGGUAGUAGCCAUGACACACAAAUACACAUUUUCUGGUAGCAUUUCAACACAGUCCUUCUCACUGCCAAUGAUUGACACAAUUCAAAUGGUCUUAUUAUUGUUGGAAGGAUCUCCACUUCACCCAUUAACUCAAGAGAACAUCCUCUCCAGUUAAGCAAUCCCUGGAGGAGGGAGCGUAAAGCUUUAAAAGAGAUCAAGAAACGAACUGUUACCACAAAACGCAUCGUCAAAACUUCACGGAGCAGCCAUCACAAUCUGAUAUUUCUGUACUUUGAGUGUACUGUUGCUUAGUAUUCUUGGCAGCCCAUUUUUUUUAAGGGAACAUUUGUAUUUAUUGAAGCCAAGAUGUUUGUGGAUGAGCGGAUCCUAACUUUAUUUAAAAGAAAUGCCCAUCACACACUGACCUACUGGAGCGUUUUCUUCAGUUUUGGACUCUGCAUCGCCUUUCUUGGACCUACAAUUUGUGACUUGCAGAGUCAAACAAAGUCAACAAUCGAUCAGAUCACCUGGGUGUUCUUCUCCCAGCAGUUCCUCCUGCUGAUUGGCAGCUCUAUUGGUGGCAUUUUCAAGAGGACGUUGCUCAGUGCUCUAUCUGCCCUAUUUGUCUCUGCCCUCGUCAUCUCUGUAAUAUUUGCCAUCAUCCCGCUCUGCACUAAUGUUCUCCUGCUUGCUGUUGCCAUGGCUGUGUCCGGGUUGGCGAUGGGAAUUAUUGACACCAUUGCUAACAUCCAACUGGUGACCAUCUAUCAGAGGGACUCGGCCGUCUUCUUACAGGCUCUUCAUUUCUUCAUCGGGUUCGGAGCCCUGGUGAGCCCACUUAUUGCAGAUCCUUUCCUCUCAGAGGCCGGAUGCGGGAACAGCACAGGGAAUGGUACUGAGAUCAUGCAUCACGUCAGGCUCAUGCUGAGACACACUCCGAUCCCAGAUCACAACAUAACUCACAGCCACUCAACCCAUGUGGGAGAGGAAGAGUCCAGUGUGCAUUAUGCCUUCUGGAUCAUGGCCAUAAUCAAUUUACCCGUGCCCAUUGCAGUCCUAUUCCUGAUGUAUCGGGAGCAGCUGAUCCCAUUUUGCCAAAGCGGCACUCCUCGACUUUUGGACAAAGAUGAACUAGCAAUGGAGAACCAGCAGGGGGCAGAGGGCACAGAAGUGGAGCAGAGGGAACAUGAAGCUGGAGGUCAUGGUGACAUCUUUAGCUGCUGUCGGAAUGAUAACCUGCGCGGGCUGCCUGUGUCCUUCUUUAUGAUCCAUAUCCUUGGCGGGAUGGUGCUCUUCAUGACCGAUGGUAUUGUGGGUACCUACGCUGGCUUUGUUUACUACUACGGAGUGGCCCCACCUAUGUCUCUGCCCCCUAAGACUGCGGGUUACCUGGCCAGCAUCUUUUGGGCUGCCAUCACUGCUGGACGCCUGUUGUCCAUUCCUCUCUCGUACCGUUUCCAGCCUGUGAGGCUGCUCAUGUUCAACCUGGCGGGUGCGAUUGUUACUGUGUUGAUGCUGCUUAUUUUCUACACCAGCAGCAUCUUUCUAUUUGUUGGCACCUGUUUAUGUGGGCUUUUCCUCAGCAGCAUAUUCCCCUGCAUGCUCGCCUAUACCGAAGACAUCCUGGAUUAUCAGGGAUGUGCAACGUCAGUCCUGGUGACAAGUGCAGGGAUGGGCGAGAUGGUGAUGCAGGUUGUAGUUGGCUCAAUUAUCCACACUGAAGGCAGCUACAGCUUCCUGCUGUGUGGAAUGAUUAUAGCCUGCAUAGGUUUUAUCGUCUUCUUUGGUCUCAUGCUGUUCGCCCGAAUGCACAGGAAUUACCUUACAGGAACAACGAAAAAGUCAGCCAUGGUGGAAGAAGCAGCCCCAGAGCAGGAUGCAUCUGCAAAAACAGAACAGAAAGAGAGCAGCUGAGAUGGACAGCAGCUGUGUUUUGUCCUUUACUGGCUACCGUAUGAGGGAUAUAUAAAACAUCCCAGCAAUUUAUCAUCAAAGACUGCAAAUGUUUCACCUAAGUCUUACAAUACGCAUGAUGCCAUUUUACCUGUAUUGUGCUUGAAAUAACAUGGCAUUUGCAUUGCUGGUAUUUGCAUUGCUGAUAUUGUGCACUGUUAGAUGUUAUAGUUCUAGUGUUGUUGUUUUUUUUCUCUUAUGUGGAGAGCAGUCUCUCGAUUAAGGAUUAGUUUUCUAUUUUAUAUUGCAUCAGAAUUGUAAUUGUAUGAAAAUAAAUUAAUAUAACCUGUGGAAAACUAAA